AUCAGGUUUUAUUUUUAUUUUUAUGCAGCUAUUUCUCAGAAAAGUUCCAAGUAAGAGACCAUAAAGAAGAAUAAAGAUGAUGGAGGAGAAACAGAAGCUUCCAGAAACCUCAGUGGUCAACCUGGUGAAUAUAUUUGAGAACUUCAGGACCUGCUGCAGUCCUGAGAAAGAGCAGAUCCUUCCCCAGUUGAGGUUUCAGCUAACAACUCCAAGGCCUAUGGCACCUUCCAUGCUGCCACCUGUGAAAUGUGAAAAAGCCAUGGGAGACAUUAAGAAAGCUGCAGUUAUACAGCCUGGCCAGGUGCACUGCAGUGCAGAGUCUUUAGAGCAGCAAGGGCAAGCUCCUAAAAUGCUCCCUGUCAAAUGUCUCAGCUCUUUUAGAGGCAAGAUCACUGUCAGUGACUGGAGGGCAAAACAAGCCUCAGAUUCUCAGCCAUACUUCAUCAUGCAAUCUGGAAGCAGCAAGAAUCAGGAACCAGAGGAGAAAAAAAUAGCUUUGGAGCUGCUGGAAACAGAACAGGCCUAUGUGGUUCGCCUUCAUCUUCUAGACCAGGUGUUUUUCUCUGAGCUAAUGAAAGAAGCCAGAACUACAAAGGCAUUUCCGGAAGAUGUAGUAAAAAUGAUCUUCUCUAAUAUCUCCUCCAUUUACCAGUUCCAUUCCCAGUUUUUUUUGCCAGAGCUGAAAAAACGUAUGGAGGACUGGGAUUCCAAUCCCAGAAUUGGUGAUAUCAUCCAGAAAGUGGCUCCUUUCCUGAAGAUGUAUAGUGAAUAUGUGAAGAACUUCGACAAGGCGAUGCAUCUGAUCACUGUAUGGUCGGAAAAAGCCUUGCCAUUCCAAGAACUCAUCUCAAACAUUCAGAAACAGGAAGUGUCUGCUAAUUUAACCUUGCAGCAUCACAUGUUGGAACCAAUACAGAGAAUUCCCAGAUAUGAACUCCUCCUGAAGGAUUAUAUUCAAAAACUACCUUUGGAAUCACCAGACAAGGAAGAUGCGCAGAAAGCUUUGGAGAUGAUUUUCACAGCAGCUAAGCAUUCUAAUGCUGCCAUCGCUGAAAUGGAACGACUCCAGAACCUAUGGGACGUAUAUCACAGGCUAGGCUGUGAUGAUGACAUUGUUGAUCCUUCUAAUGAAUUUAUUAAAGAAGGACCCAUUCAGAAAAUCUCUUUCCGGCACAACAAUACCUCAGAGAGAUAUCUGUUCCUGUUUAAUAACCUGCUGUUGUACUGUGUACCAAAAGUCAUUCAAAUGGGUGCUGAAUUUCAAGUGCGCCACCGGAUUGAUGUCAAUGACAUGAAGGUUCGAGAACUAAAUGAUGUACAGUUUCCUCAUGCUUUCCUUGUGUCAGGGAAGCAGCGAACUCUAGAACUGCAAGCUAGGUCCCAGGAGGAGAUGGAUGCCUGGCUUAAGACCUUCCAGUCUGCCAUCGACAAGAAAGAAAAGAGGAGUGAAACCUUCAAGGCUGCAAGCCAAGGGCAAGAAGCAGAGACACAAGACUCCAGUCAGGGCGAGUCACAGGAGCUGGGCAAGUGGGCUCCCCAGUGGAUAAGAGACAAGCUAGUCACCAUGUGCAUGCGCUGCAGAGAGCCAUUCAAUCCUAUCACACGAAGAAGGCAUCACUGCCGAGCUUGUGGCUAUGUGGUGUGUGCCCGGUGUUCUGAAUACAAGGUUGAAUUGCAAUAUGACAAGAAUGGACUCAAACGUGUCUGUGCGGAAUGCUAUGGUUUCCUAACAGGGAAUUUGCUGCCUGUCGAGCAGCAUGGGAAGCACAAAGGCAUUCUGGAGAAAGAAUCUGCAGAAAUAUCAGGGCAGAGCCUAAUGUGCAGUUUUCUGCAGCUUAUGGAUAAGAAUGGAAAGGGCAGCAUGCGUGGCUGGUUUGUGAUCCCACGAGAUGAUCCACUGGUGUUGUAUAUUUAUGCUGCACCUCAGGAUGUCAAGGCCUGUGCCUCUAUCCCUCUGUUGGGUUACCAUAUCAAGGAGCCAUAUCAGAAUAAUCCCCGCCACAUCUUCCAGUUGGUACAGUCCAAACAGACCCAUACCCUGGUGGCUGAAACUGAAGAACUGAAGCAGCGCUGGAUGAAAGCCAUUGAACAGUCUGCCAGGGGAGGAGAAGAAGAAGACGAUUCAUGUGAUGAUCUGGAAUAAUCCAAGCUCCUUCUGAGGCUGUUUCAUACUCUGAAUUGCCAGUGUAAUAAGCACCGAAUCUGUGUUAUACAUUCAAUCAUGUCUUUCAGUUAUAACUUUUCACUGGUUUCAAAUCAUAGCAUUUUUGUCUAGUUCUACAGAGGAAUUAUUGAGUCUAUCAUCUGCACUUCCAUAGCUGUCUGGUUUGGCUCUGCAACCAAAAAAGACAAACAUAGAUUUCAAGGGAUAAUUAAACUGCAGAAAAAACAAUUGCUACCAACCUCCUUCCAUUGAGGACCUGUAUACUGCACGAGUCUUUUAA